UUUCGUGUUGCUGUGAGAUGCAGGUGCAGACACGCAUCUGUUCGCUUGCCCUUGCACAUGGUUGUAUGUAUAUAUAUAUAUGCAAAUAUAUAUAUAUAUAUUUGAGUGCAGACAGCACUCUGCUGCAGCAUAGCUAGGCAGUGACAUUACUGCGUUUGUUUUUUUCUCUCCGUGCAGUUGGUGUGAAUGACUUGCUGCCGCCUACAAGACCCGAGUGACCCACUGUAUCAACCGGAGCCCCUGGUGGACAGCUGCUUCCCUUAGCUGAUUGAAACCUGCCGUUAGUCACUGACUUGGAAGGAAAGGAAACGGUUGCAGCUCAGGUUAUUAUUGUUUUCUGACGAGUGAGGACCUUGUUUUUCAUUUCCCAUAUUCGGGCAAGCGAAUAUUCCGGAGAAAGACUGUCUGUCAACAGAUCGUGGCGGAUUCUCGACAAGAGAAAUAAGAUAAGAGGAGGAAAAGCGAAAAAAGAGUCAUCAAUAACAGGGCAAGGGUUAUAAUAUCCUUUGUCUCCCGAACUGGAGCCAUCCUGAGCAGGCUGGUGAUUCUGGAACUAUGAGGCUGAGAAAGAAAAGCAACGAUUCAAUCAGAUGUCCAAGUAACUGUGCCGCUUUCGCACAGUGCAUUGCUGUGAUGUUAACCCUGGUCUUUGGGGUCUGCAAUGUUAAGGCAGAAGCAGAAGAGGAGUUUCAGUCCGUCUAUGUUUGGAAACCAGGUGCCUGGGGAAGAUGUAUGGGACAGAAGUGCGGCCUGGGUGGGAUCCAGACCAGGUCGGUGUGGUGUGCCCAUGUGGAAGGCUGGACUACUUUACCCACUAAUUGCAAGCCAGUGGAAAGACCGGUGAAUCAGCAGAAUUGCUUCAAAGUCUGCGACAGGCAUAAAGACCUAUACGAGUGGCGGGUGGGCGAAUGGAACGAAUGUUCGCCUGUUUCAACCAGGGGCCCUUCUUCAAAGCAAACCUCUGAGUGCCUGGAAGGCGAGGAUGGUAUACAGAGGAGGAACGUAACUUGCAUCGAGAAGAGAAAUGGAGCUGCAUCUGAAGAUGUCAUCUGUGAAUAUUUUGAGAGCAAGCCCCAUGUCGAGCAAGCCUGUCUUAUCCCCUGCCCGCAGAAUUGUGUGGUUGCAGAGUUUACUCCCUGGUCUGAAUGUACUAAAUCCUGUGGAGUUGGAUUACAACACCGACUUCGUCAAAUCCUCCUACCUCCGCUCAAUGGCGGUGAACCAUGCCCAAAACUCACCGAGUUUCAGACCUGUACGUUCAAUUCCUGCCUUGCGGAAGAGAGUGUGCACAGUCUCAAAGUUGGUCCCUGGAGCGAAUGCUCUCUUCCUCAUUCUCGGCAAAUCCGGCAAGCGGGAAGCAGGACGAGAGACCCAGAAGCCUGGGAGCUUAUGAAGAAAAAGAGGAACAGAAACCGUCAAAUCCGUCAGGACACCAAAUAUUUUGACAUUCAGAUUGGCUACCAAACACGACAAGUUACAUGCACUCACAAAAGUGGCAAGACUGCUGCCCUGAGCCUCUGCACACAACUGAAGUUGCCAAUAACCUUCCAGUCCUGUGUGGUCCCAAAGGACUGUCAAACCUCAGAAUGGUCCGAGUGGAGCCCCUGUUCAAAGACUUGCUACAGUGCAACAUCUCCGAAAGGAUUUCGUGCCAGAACGUCCAGUAUUAACCAAUUUCCAGUUGGUGGUGGGAAAGAAUGUCCAUCCCUCGAGGAACAAGAGCCAUGCUCUCCCGAAGGAGAAGGCGUGCCACCUUGUGCUACGUAUUUGUGGAGGACAACAGAAUGGAGCGAAUGUCGUGUUGACUCACUUCUCAACCAGCAAGAUAGAAGACGUGGAAAUCAAACGGCGCUCUGCGGUGGGGGAAUUCAAACCCGAGAAUUUUACUGUGUGCAAGCUAAUGAAAACCUCUUAUCUUAUCUGAACACUCUGAAGGAAAAGGAAGCUUCAAAACCUGUUGAUAACAAGAUGUGCACUGGACCCACACCAAGCACCACACAAAUGUGUCAAAUAAUCUGCCCCAUUGAAUGUGAAGUAUCACCUUGGACUGCUUGGGGCCCAUGUACCUAUGAAAGCUGUCAGGAUCCACAAGGAAAAAAAGGAUUUAAAUUGCGGAAACGACAAAUUACCAAUGAGCCCACUGGUGGGAUUGGGAACUGUCCACACUUACAUGAAGCUAUCCUUUGUGAUGACCCAUCCUGUUAUAGCUGGCAGAUUGUGAAAUUGGGUGAAUGCUUACCUGACAAUGGCAGUGAAUGUGGACCAGGAAUCCAAACGCCAGAAGUUCAAUGUGUCAACAGCAUCAAAGUUGUAGACAGAAAUCUGUGCAACGAAGCCAUCUAUCCUGUGCCAGUAUCGUGUGAAGUACCUUGUCCGAAAGACUGUGUCCUUAGUAAAUGGUCUGGGUGGUCAUCGUGCUCUUAUACCUGUUCUGGCAAAACCACUGAGGGUAAACAGAUGCGUGCACGUUCAAUUCUGGCAUAUGCAGAAGAAGGAGCAGCGCAGUGCCCAAACAUCAGUGCCUUACAGGAAGUACGCAGCUGCAACGAGCAUCCUUGUGUUAUCCAUCACUGGCAGACUGGUCCUUGGGGCCUGUGUAUCGAAGAUUUGUCCGUAGCUGGUCUUAACUCGAGCACCAGCUGGAGUGGUGAGGCAACCUGUGCCGUGGGAAUGCAAACUAGAAAGGUUAUUUGUGUGAGAGUCAACGUGGGACAAGUCGGACCAAAAAAGUGCCCUGAGAGUCUUCGGCCAGAUACUGUGCGACCUUGUCUCCUGCCUUGCAGGAAAGACUGCAUUGUCACAUCUUAUAGUGACUGGACACCAUGCCCUUUAUCAUGCAAAGAUGGAGAUGAUAGUACAGCAAAACAAUCCCGCCAUCGAAUCAUCAUUCAAUUACCGUCAAAUGGAGGACAUGAUUGUCCCGAUACACUUGUUGAGGAUAAGGACUGUGAGUCUCCCCGUGUCUGCAAUAAUUACAGAUGGAAAACACACAAAUGGCGUCGGUGUCAGCUGGUACCAUGGUAUAUUCGCCAGGACAGCCCUGGAGCACAUGAAACCUGCGGCCCAGGGCUUCAAACCAGAGCGUUAUCAUGUCGCAAGCAAGAUGGUGGUCAAGUGGACAUGAGCUAUUGCCUGAAGUGGGCUGGCACAAUGCCCUUCUUAACUCAACAUUGCCAAUUGCCCUGCCAAGAUGACUGCCAAUUCACCAACUGGUCUAAGUUUUCUUCCUGCACUGGUGACUGUGGUACAGUACAAACCCGACGAAGAACAAUUGUUGGGAAAAGCAAGAAGAGAGAAAAGUGUAGGAACACUCAACUUUUCCCUCUGAUUGAAACCCAGUUUUGUCCCUGCGACAAAUAUACAGCCCAGCCACUGGGCAACUGGUCGGACUGCAUUCUGCCUGAAGGAAAGAUGGACACCAUGCUUGGCAUGAAGGUCCAAGGAGAUAUCAAGGAGUGUGGACGGGGAUAUCGCUAUCAGGCGCUGGCCUGUCGAGAUCAGAAUAAUAGACUUGUGGAAUCAGCACGAUGCAACAGACAUGCAUAUAUUGAAGAAGCUUGUGUCAUCCCCUGCCCUUCCGACUGUAAGCUUAGUGAGUGGUCUAAUUGGUCUCGCUGUAGCAAAUCAUGUGGCAGUGGUGUGAAGGUCAGAUCCAAAUGGUUACGUGAAAAGCCAUACAAUGGUGGACGACCUUGUCCAAAGCUUGAUCACGUCGACCAGGCUCAGGUAUAUGAAGUGGUUCCCUGCCACAGUGACUGCAGUCAGUACGUGUGGAUAGCAGAACCAUGGAGCGUAUGCAAAGUCAGUACUGUGGACCUAAAGGAUAACUGUGGUGAAGGAGUACAGACUCGGAAAGUGAGGUGUAUGCAGAAUACAGUGGACGGUCCCAUUGAAUUUGUCGAAGACUACCUCUGUGACCCAGAAGAAAUGCCAUUGGGUUCCAGGCAGUGCAAGUUGCCAUGCCCAGAUGACUGUGUCAUGUCUGAAUGGACAACUUGGAGCAAGUGUCCUCUGCCGUGCAACAGUAGUGCCACUCGAGAGCGGUCUGCUCUUCCAUUAAGACAGCCUGGGGAAGGAAAGCCCUGUCCAGCUGAAACCAAGACUGAGCCAUGUCAUCUGAACAAGAACUGCUUUCACUACACAUACAAUGUUACAGAUUGGAGCACAUGUCAGUUGAGUGAAAAAGCAGUCUGUGGGAAUGGAAUUAAAACAAGAAUGUUGGAUUGCGUUCGCAGUGAUGGCAAGUCAGUUGAUCUCAAGUACUGUGAAGAGAUGGGUGCGGAAAAGCCAUGGCAGAUGAAUGCCUCGUGUACUGUGGAGUGUCCGGUGAAUUGUCUCUUCUCUGACUGGUCUCCCUGGUCCGAUUGUUCUCAGUCAUGUGGUCUCGGAGGGGAAAUGUUACGAAAGAGGACAUUGAUUCAGCCAUUCCAGGGAGAUGGGCGACCAUGCAUAAUGCAGUUGGAACAGUCCAAGCCAUGCCUAAUCCGCCCUUGCUACCGCUGGCAGUACAGUGAAUGGGGCCACUGUAAAGUGGAGGAUGCCCAGUGUGGAAAUGGGAUGAAAUUUCGAAACAUGUCAUGCGUUGUGUUUGAUGGAUCCAGGGAAGAUUCUGGCAAGGUUGUGGAUGAUGAGUUCUGUGCUGACCUGGAACCUGCAGUGAAUGGAGACAAACAGAUUGUUCUGCAGGCAUCCUGCGCUGUUCCAUGCCCAGGUGACUGUUACCUGACAGACUGGUCUGUGUGGAGUUCUUGUCAACUAACCUGUGUAAAUAACCAGGAUCUUGGUUAUGGUGGAGUACAGGUACGGACUAAGGCAGUAAUCGUCCAAGCCAUGGAAAAUGAGCAUCUGUGUCCCGUGCAGACUCUGGAGACCCGCACAUGUACAGGUGGUCACUGUUAUGAAUAUAUUUGGUUAGCUGGUGCUUGGACAGGAACAUACCGAGAAGUGUGGUGUCAGAGGUCAGAUGGAAUAAAUGUCACAGGUGGCUGUUCUGCAUUAAAUCAACCCUAUGCUGACAGGUCUUGUAAUCCACCAUGCACUAAACCUCACGCAUACUGCACUGAGUCUGCAGUGUGCGUCUGUGAAGAAGGUUACACAGAGGUGGUGACAUCGGGCAAUUUGCUAGAUCAAUGUAUCAUGAUCCCAGUGCUGGAGAUCCCUUCGGUGGAGGAGAAAAAGGCAGAUGUGAAGACAAGCAGGGCCGUCAACCCAACUCAAACAUCUGAUAGCAAACAAGGGCACUCAGGACACACGUGGUUCUUACAACCUUUUGGAGCAGAUGGGAAGCUGAAAACAUGGGUUUAUGGUGUUGCAGCAGGAGGUUUUGUCUUAAUAAUCUUCAUUGUCUCUAUGAUCUAUCUAGCCUGCAAAAAGCCCAAAAAACCACAGAGAAAACAAAAUAACAAACUGAAACCUUUGACCUUGGCCUAUGAUGGAGAUGCUGACAUGUAAACUCUUUUAUUGCUUGUUGGACAUCUCCUUAUUUUUCUCGUCACUCAAAAAUAUAACGUGCAGCUUUGUAUGUCCAGACUUUAGUCCAUUAUAGAAUUCUGUGACAGUGUGCCAGAUUCUAUAGCACUGUGACAUUUUCAAGGAGGAGAUGAAAAAAUGUGCCACAAGAUGUCAUUCUCGGUAUAAUGCAGGACCUCAAAUGAUACACUUACCAAACUAUAGCAAGGUAAAUCCUUGAUACGAUGCUAAAGAACUAUCUUACAUUGCGGCAAAAGUAAACCUUUUACUUUUAUCUGAAUGACAUUGAAAUGCCAACUACAUUAGAAUUGAAAAGUAAACGUGCAUCUUCAAAUAAUUGCUAUUUGCUUAAUAACCUUGUAUCAAAACCUUGUAUCGAAAGCUGCCUGUGUGAAAAAGAUCAACAUCAAUGACAGGAAUCAAAUGGAAAAACGGGCAAAUGUUCACAGUUGUAUCGCACAUUUAACAGAAAGAAGAUCUGAUGGAUUGAGAAGUUAAACUGCAAACCCCAGACAAGAGCAAGUUUCCAAAUUUCCUCCUCCCAGUGAUAAAAACAGAAGGAGUGGAAAUUGAUACUUCUGUCAACUGCUUAUGGCAAAAUUGAUAUUAUGUGCUAGGUCGGAGCAAGAAGGAUGGUUGAGUUGCUGGAAGAUUUGCACAACUCAAUCAUCAAAAGUGCAAAAUAUAGAAGUAAAAAUACAGAUUAAAAUCCUCAUCUCAGAACCUGCUAAUAUAUUAACAUCUUCAAUACUUUGUGCUGCUGAAAAUGCUUGUACCUAUUAAUGAUGCAAACGAUAAACUUGAUUUUCCCAGCUAAUGAAAUGCUCUCUUGAAAUGACUUAUGGACAGUGGUCCACAAUACUUGAUAAAAUGAGGCACUUUUUUGCACUAUAUUAGUGCUGCAUGAUAUGCACUUAACCAAUUAUCACCCUAGAAUUAGUUUCUGCUUUCUUUAAAAAAAAGUGUCUCACGUUGGUAAUAUUAAGUAGAUAGUUUGAAAGAGAGCAAACUAAUGUUGUUUACUCAUGGAUUACAACAACAUUGAACUCGGGCAGAAUAAAAUGGAAGUAUUUCAUACAGUGUGUGUACAUGCAUAAAUGUGUGUCUAAGAUCACUGCAGCUAGUUUGUAAAAUGUAUCAGUGGUCAGUAUAGUUGCAGUGUCGAUAGCGAUCUAGCUGCAUUUUCUGAAAUAUGUAAUUGUUCUGAUCUUAUGUGCUUAUGUUGUGCAAACAGUCCACUGGCUCUUUUGCUAGUUAAAUCAUUUUAUACGGUUUCUCUGUUGUGUCUUUUAAAAGAGCAACAUAUUUUGGUUAUUUUACAAUCAUUACCAAAUGUGAAGAAGAGCACAGACUGCAAUUAGUAAAACCUGAAAUCCCAAUUGGCUAAUUAGGACAGCUAACCUGCAGCAAACAAAAACUGCCACAAAAUGUAAUGCCUCCCAUCAAAAUUGUUUGAGAAAACUGAAAAAUUUGAGGAAAGUAAACAUACAUUUAUUAUUAUUAUUAUUAUUAUUAUUAUUAUUAUUAUUAUUAUUAUUAUUAUUAUGAAUAUUAUUAUAUUGCCAUUAUUUUUUUCAGCAGUCCUUUUUGUAUUAAACUCAUUAUUUUGGUAGUCUGAAACAAAUUAAGCAGGAAUUUUCUUCCAUGUUUAAAUAUUGUAAAACAAAGAAUGAAAGAAAGUUAAUCAUUGAAUGAAGUAACAGAACACUUUAAUGUCUUCAAAGUUGUAUAUGUUUUUAAUAUCCAGGAAAUUAUUAACAUUUGAUUUUGUCAAAAUACAAAAUAUUUAUUAUGACAGAAAUAUUUUGGUAAAUUUGGCAUAUUUUUCUGAGGACUUGAAUUUAUUCACUAAGACAACAAAAAGUUAAUUUGCAUUUAUUUUAAACUGCUGUUAAAUAUUAAAUUAUGCUAUGUGGUUUGCUAAGAGAACAAACUAAUGUUUACAAUUGCUAAUUCAAUGGGAAAUUUACUUAUAUUUCAGAGGGCAAAAUAAAAGUGAAUUUGCCAGUAGACAGCUGACAUCUCUCAGCUUGUUCAAAAUUAAUAGUCAGGGAAGGAAUGUCACCACAUAUGAAGCUCAGCCCUACAAAUGAUCUUGCUUUCUUUGCAUGUUUCUGAAUGAAGGCAACAGCUAUCAAAAGGAAAUGCUUCUCUCUCAUU